AUGCCUGCUUCUCGUGCGUUUUACGCUACGAAUGCGGCUAACGCGACCCCGCCUGAUUUGAACACACAUCCCACAAGUGAUUCAGACUGCUUACUUGUGGUGGAAAAACCUGUACACACUCAUAAGUCACGCAAAUCCACCACUCCGUCACGUAAGCCCCGAGUGUCCAAAUCUCGUUCAGAACCCAGUCGAAGAAGCAGUCAUGCGAAGGGCCCAAAGAGAGAUGUCAUGAAGUCGAAGAAGGCGAUCAAACGCAAGGGAAGUCGAAGCGCGAGCUCUUCACCCGCUGCCAAAGUGCGACGAAAGACUGUUCACAAAACACGCCUGGUCCAAAAAUCUAACAGAAUCAGUGCUUGCCCGUUCGCGCCCAGAGCACUUGGUCGUAAGAAAACACGGCCACAAUUAAGAGCAUCGAAAAGACCAACGAAGAAACAAACAAAGCCGGUUGUAAACCGCAAGAUAAUUGAUAAAUCGAGUGUUGUGAAAGUCAACGUGUGUCCGUUUGCAAAACGUAUCGGUAAAGCUUCUUCUAAACGCAAAUCAUCCGAGAAACUGAAAGCAGUCACUCCAAAGCGAAGGCGGUCCUGGAGUUCAAAAAGAGCACAAUCAUUAACUCCGAAGCAAGUGUCUUCGACUCAAAAGAAAAAACGAACUUCCACUCCGAAACGAUCGGUUGCAAUCCGAUCCAAGCGUAAGUCUCCAAGCAAAAAAGCUACUCCAGGAGGACGAAAAUCAUUGGGUUCUUGUUCCGGGCGCAGUUCAUGCACUCUGAAACCGAGACCAGUUGUGACCGCAUGGAAAGAACGUUUACGCCCAAGACCUUUGCGAUCUGCUCGUUUCUCGUGUUAUCGAUCGGAUUGUAUGGAGAAAAACGCUUAUGCAGCGUCCAUUCCAACCACGAGGAAACAAGCGCCGGAACUAAAAUCUCCAAAAGCACCGAAAUCGAGGAAACAAAUAACCAAAUCCCAGAAACCGAUGGGUGGGAAAAAUCGGAAUAACAUGUUCCUCAAACACCAAAAGCGCAUGGAUCCUAAGCUCUGGUUUGACACAACCGAAGAUCAACCAGCACCGACAGAAUCUCAUGCAAUGUCGUACGCUGUG